GAGGAAUCAAGCUUCCCCACGCUACAAUUUAUUCUGAAGAUAGCGUCAGUUGUUUCCUGUGUUGUUUCUAGAAAUGAAAGCUCGUCCAUUUGUAGCAGUUUCUGGGUGUUUUCUGAUUUAUCUUGGUCUUGGUAUAAUAUAUCUUUUUGGAAAUAUCACUCCAUACGUGACGUCUUACUUCAGAAAAAGAGUUGACAAUAACAUAACAUAUGAACAGACUGCCUGGAUUAUCUACACAACUGACUGUUUAAUUUCAUUCUUCUUCUGUGGAGUUUGGCUGUCUGAACGGAUUGGACAUCGGUCUAGCAUCCUGAUUGGUUCUGUUGUUUUCAGUUUCGGAAUAGCAGCAACGUAUUGGACUAUACAACACAGUCUAGAAGCUACGACUGCAACCUUAGGAGUGGUUGUUAAUGUUGGAUUUAUCUGUUGCUAUGGUUUUCCGUUAGUUGCAGCAAUGGAGUGGUUCCCCAACAAUAAGGGUCUCAUGGCAGGAAUAGUGUCUUCAGGGAUGGCUUUCACUCCAGUUCUAAUGAAUAACUUGCAUACAUUCUUUUUGAACCCUAAUAACCUUCCGUCUGACGCUGAUGGUUAUUUCUCCGAGUCUGUAAUUCUGGAUCGUGUCCCUUUCUUAUUUGCAAUCAUGGGAGCUGUACAAGGUGGUAUUUUACUUGUUGGACUACUUCUGUACAAGGAACCUCCCUCAGAGAUACCUGAGGAGAAAGAAGUUGAAAGGUCUUCUGCAUCAGCACAAAGAGAAUCGGACUGUGAAGACAAGACCUGUAUAUUAGCCUUUCAAGAAGACUCUUUUGUGAUGUCAGAAGAAACUUCAACCAAUCAGGAAGUAGAAGAAACACAACCAUCACUUCCAAGGGAAUUUUGUGUGGUACCAAAAGAAGCUUUGAGAAUGAAAGAAUUUUAUAUUCUAUUGAUAACGUGCGUUGGUUCGUUACAUUCUUCAACGUUUGUCAGUAAUUUUUAUAAGAUAUAUGGACAAACAUUUAUAGAUGAUGACGCCUUUCUAGCCACAACGGGUUCUAUAUCUGGAUUUGUUCACGUUGUUCUUAGAGUACUUAUGGGCUUAAUUCAGGACAAAAUAUCUUUCAAGUCAACAAGCUUGAUUUUCAUGGGACUGAAGACAAUACUACUGUAUACACUAGUGGCGACACCUCACGGUGGAAAAAUGAUGUUCAUAAUCUGGAUUUGUGGACUAUAUGCUACGUUUCCUGUUGAGCUAGUGUGCAUUCCUGCCACUGUUGUUGAAGUAUUUGGGAAGAAACACACAGCUAUGAUUUAUGGAAUGAUCUACUUUGUAGCAGGUACUUCUGUUAUUAUCUGGCCUCCGAUGUUUCAAGUAAUUAUUCCGUACUUCGGAUGGUUUGGAGCAUUUUGUUUGAUGGGGAGUAUGACAUUUAUUGGUUUUCUUACGUCAAUGGUUUUUCCUGAAAAACAUCACACACACAACCAACAAAGCCGAUAGUUUAUAAUGAAGAACAAGUCUUUUACGGGACUGUUGUAUUACGGAAAUGAACCAAUCAUAGUCCGUAUCACUUCAUUAUUUACAGUCCAUACUUCUGAUUGGAUAUAGAAGAUAUAUUUAAAUAAAGAAGAUUAACACUUAUGUUUUCCUUUCCUCCAUAAAGUAUAUUUAACUGUUGUCAUAGCAACGUGUGUUUUACUUUUGAUCCUAUUUGUUGUGGUUAUGGAAGUUAAGCUGAGUUGUUGUUGAAAAACUUUAUUAUAAACUUGU